AUGAAUAUGGAUGAUAUACCAUUAAAUAUUGUUAGAGAUGAUAUAUCAUCAUCUGAUGUAAUACUCAACGAAAAAUCUAAUUUACAUUCGAAUAAUACAAUAAAUGGUACAUUAAAUUUAAUUGAUAAUACUUUUGGUAUUAGUCGUGAAUUGAUGCGAAUAUUAUUUAUUGCUAUUAUUAUCAUAACUCUUCUUAUUUGUCUUACAAUAUGUAUAUGUGUAUGUAUACGUUUUUAUCCUAAACGGUAUGUAUAA